AUGUCACCGACGUCGUUAGAACGUGAAACUAUUAACAUUCCGUCCACUAGAGAUCAGCCAGCGACUGUGCCGUGUUACGAUUUCGAGGAUUGCAUCCGAUCGGCUCUUCAAAAUUGGCAAGAAGGUGACUUGUUGCAACUUGUCGUGGAUCAUGAGGAGGAAUUGAUCCAGUUUGUAAGCCUUAAUAGAGACAUCGCCCCGGACUUAGUGAACAAGCACCUCGAGUCUGCCAACGCGAAGAAUGUGGCUUUAUAUCGGUCCCCCAUAUCUCAUGAUACAAUUUUAAUCUGGUAUCGGUGCUCGGCAACAAGUUCUGUCAAACGAAUACGCACCCAGAACCGAGUGAGACGGGAUCUUGUUUGGUAUGCUAGUGGAGAGGGUGUCAGAGACAUUGUCACGCUUGUGCAGUUAUCAAUGCAUUCAAACGAACAUGUAACUGUUUCCAAAUUGAAAGACAUCUGCUGUAUUGCAGAUGAAACAUAA